AUGGCUAACAUCGUGCGGACUGCCACACCGGAUCAGGCUUCUCGUAAGAAGGCUGGUGGAACAGAAGCCAAGAAGAAUAUCAAAGCCUUGGCUGUCGAGAGUGGGCUAUCAAAAGACAUUGCCUCUCAGGCAUCUCCCUCCAAGGGCAAGUCUGUAUUGCAGUUGCAGGAAGAGGAUUUCCCAGCACUGGGAAAUGUCCCACGGCCUGCGACCCCAGCAAAGUCAGCAGCUGCAACUCCAAAGAUCGCCCCAGCGAGCAUCAAGAAGCCCCCACCAGAGGCCGCGACGCCUGCUUCAGUUCCAUCUCCCGUGCUGGCUGUUGAAGCCCCCAAAGCUACCAAGGCCACGGAGAAGCCUGUACCGGGUAUCUUGAACAUUGCCGCCGCCACCAGUGCUGCCCAGUCGAAACAACCAGAGACCACCACAACGGAGCAAUCUGACGUCUCGGCCUUCCCAGCGUUGCCAACACCAACAACUACCAGUGUGGCAUCGCCCAUCGCGAGAGCAGCGCCCAAGACCUUGCGAGUUGUAUCGACGCCCAAAGCCGAAGUCCCGCCAGCGCUAUCAUCGGGCGCCGCAUUUUCUGCGGCCGCCAGAGCUGUGUCCUCCGCCUCUGGACGUCCUGAAACCCCGGCUAGCGAAAUCAUCAGCGAUAGCGCUUCUAUCGUCUCCGCGUCUGUGUCUGCUUCUCGCACCAGCUCACCUCCUCCUACCAGAGUGGGAACCGCACCUGUUCGCAACACAACAAAGAGUCAGCAGCGCAAGCAGCGAAAGGAGGCGCACAAGGAGCAGUCCGCUUCCAUUACUGUUGCGCCUAAAGUCGUGGAAACCGAAGAGCAGGCUCCCAUCCUCGGCCGCAAGAAGAAGCAGAAGAAGGAAAAGCCGAUCACAGCGGCGCCUACACUAGUCAAGAAACCCGUCGAGCGUGCCGCAACCCCACCCCCUCCUCCCAAGGAGCCAACUCCUCCUCCCAAGCCCAUCGUCGAGAGAACGGUGGUGGACCUGCCCCCUCCCAAGGGCAAGGCUGCCAAGCAAGCCGCCAAGAUGGCCAAGGCAGCGGAGGAGAAGGGCAAGAGUAAGGAAGGGACACCUACAACGCCUACACCACCGCCUCCUGCACCCACAGCUGUUGCUGUGCCAGAGGAAUCUCAGGAUAUUGCCGACAACCCGAAUACCUUUCCUGAAGUUGUCUACCAUGCCUUGCAUGAAGCAGGCGAGGUUCCUACCGCGGAACUCCUCGCCCUGCUCAAGCCUUUCCUCGACGCUCACUCUCGCUUCGACAGGCCUUCCGCUGCGACCCUGAGCAAUAACCCGCCUCCUACGGCUACGACCAAAAAUAUGGUGUCCGAGGCAGACCAUGCUGUCCUACUUACUGGUCAGCCGGUCCGCAAGGUCAUGGAAGGUCAGCGUGUACUCAUCACGCCCAACGGGGAUUGCCUGAGAAACCUCACCGAAGAGGAAGAAGGCAGAUAUCUUGCGCUCCAAAAGUCUGUGGCAGUUGGUAGUGAUCAGCCCGACAGCUUUGUUGCGCCCCGUCAUCAGGCCCGUCCGGGUGGCUUCUCCCUGAUUAAGGGCAGAGCGGUACCCAACGGCCCCCCAUCCUACUUCCCACCCUCGCCCAACGCACAAAAGAUGUUCUCUGAUGACCCUGUCAAUAAGAUUCAGCGUGAAGAGGCCAUCAGCUACAUCAACCAGUUUGUUCUCCCGCGACUCAACUUGGGCAACACCAACCUGUUCCCGGGCAGCUGGAAAUCUGCGCCUGGUGCCAAGGACGCUUUAUCUGCACGGGAAACAGCUGCCGCCAGCCUAAACUCCCUUGCUCCGUACAUUUAUGGACACGACGCAGCAGCGGGCGCAGGCAUCUACUCCGCCGAGAGCGGUGGCUCAGGCAAAGACAUUCCCGAGGACGAGACGCCAUUUGGAGGUCUGGACUCGCCACAGCACCAACAGGGUAGCGAGGGCUUCGUCACCGACGCCUCACCUUCGACCAUGGCGGCCGCCGCCGCACAGGUAGACGCCCAGCAGAGAACUGGGGCCGUGCAUCCCAAGCUGCCUGGCACACCGCUCAAUGCCAUGUCGCUCAUGAGCGUAGAGGAUGCCGAGUCGGCGCUGGGCAUUGCGCGCAAGGAGACAGAGAAGCUUGAGAAGGGGCUGAAUCAGGCGAUGAAGCGUAACCGGAGGCUUCUCCUCGGCAGCAGAUGA